AUGGGUGUUACAGGCUUGUGGACAGUGGUGGCACCUACAGCCCGUCCAACCAAGGUCGAAACGCUCAAUCGUAAGAGACUAGCUAUUGAUGCUUCAAUAUGGAUCUACCAGUUCUUGAAAGCUGUUCGUGACAAGGAGGGAAAUGCCCUGCGAAACUCCCAUGUCGUUGGUUUCUUCCGCCGUAUAUGCAAACUGCUAUACUUUGGCAUAAAGCCAGUCUUUGUCUUCGAUGGCGGCGCUCCCAUUCUGAAAAGGGAGACAAUUCGCAAGCGUGCGGCAAGAAGAGAGGGUAGAAGAGAUGAUGCUGCGCGCACAGCUGGCAAGCUGCUCGCUGUACAAGUCGCACGAGCUGCCGAAGGAGAGGCUGCGCGUCAGAAAGAUGCGCGAGCUAGACCUGACGAGGAGGAGAUACCUGAGGACCAAGAACUUGUCUAUGUGGAUGAGAUUGGCAUGAACCAGCAGCAACGACAAACCGGAAGAGGCUUCAAGAAACAGGAUCAAUACCAUUUGCCCGAGCUCAAUAUGAGCAUUGAAGAGAUGGGUGCACCGAACGAUCCGCGUGUCAUGUCGCAGGCUGAACUCGAAACAUAUGCGAAGCAGUUCCACGAUGGCGAAGAUAUCAAUCUAUACGAUUUUUCCAAAAUUGAUUUCGAUAGUUCUUUCUUUCAGAGUUUGCCAGCUGGUGACAAGUACAAUAUUCUCAAUGCUGCCAGGUUGAGAAGUAGAAUGAGAAUGGGCUACAGUAAAGAACAACUUGAUGUCAUGUUUCCUGAUCGCGCGGCUUUCUCAAGAUUUCAGAUCGAACGUGUCAAGGAACGCAACGAGCUUACUCAGCGACUCAUGCACGUCAGUGGUAUGGCUGAAGGUGAAUGGGACAUGGGCAGCAGGAUCGCUGGUGAGCGAGGAAAGGAGUAUGUACUUGUACCACAUGAUGGUGUCGAAGGUGGUUGGGCGCUUGGUGUCGUGUCGAACCGGAAGGGCUCCAAGAAAGACACUGUGAUCGACCUAGAUGCGCCUGAUGAGGCUGAUGAAGCCGGAUCUGAGGACGAAGACUUUGAAGAUGUUGCUAUCGAGGGUAUCAAUAGGAUACCUCAAUCUUGGAAGAGGAAGAGACAACAGGUCAAAGAAGUAGAUUACGACAUCUCUUACGAGGAGGCGGCUGAAAGGAUCGCGAAGAAGCGCAAAGCAGUUUACGAGGGUCGAAAGAAGGCUGUCGCACAGCCAUCAACUACACCAUCAAAAGUGGUCCCAAUGAAGCCCAUGAUGCCCAAGCAACAGUCUACGAGUGGAGCAGACGAUGAUGCCCUAUUUGUAGAUCAAGGAAAUGUGAGCGCAGAAGACGAGGACGAUGUAUUCGAGGAUGUGACCAUGACAGUGCCAUUGGAUGAUGACCAAGACGAUCUACAACGAGCAAUUGCCAUGUCACUUGAAAAGCCCGACGAUGAGGGCGGCUUCAUCGCCACGAACGAUGACAAAGCAAUUCUGUCAGACAACGAUGACAAAGAUUUUGACCUUCAAGCUGCACUGGCGGAGUCACGAUCUUCGAAAUAUCAGCCGAAAACAAAUGUCAGAGCUAGUCCACCACACCGCCCUAAGAAAGCUCCUUUCGCGGGUCCUUUACCGUUCGAGUCACUCAACUUGGGGCAAUCGUUGCUCGGCAAGAAGAAAGCAAAGAAAACUGAAGAGAAACUUGCUGGCGGAUUCGAUCGAGAGCUUGGGGACGAUGCAUUCAAGAAGCCAAAGAAGGCUCAACCUGAACCACACUGGUUCAGUAAUUCUGCCGAGUCUCGUCCGUUAUGGGCUCAGGCCAUGGAUGAGACAGCAGAGGGUCAAGGGUCGAACGGAGUGGAGGACGUAGGUGAUACAGAAGUUCAGCAGCAGAAAAAGCCAACGCGAGAAGUCAUCGAUCUCGAAGCUGAUAGCAUGAACGACCAGCCCGAGCCUGAAUCUGUAGAAGUCCUGGAAGCAAGUAAGGAUGACUGGAAUGCGCUAGAGGACGAAGAGCACCUUCGGCAGCAAGAAGAGGCAGACAAGAAGGCUUUAGAAGCAGAAGAAGUCGCAGAGGCACGUCGAAAAGCACUUCAAGAAGAGCGAGAAAAGAGAUACGAACUAGCUAGGCAGAUCGCCGCAGACAACGAAGACCCUAAGAUGGACGAGGUGGCUGACUUGACUCGUGCAGAUCCUCCACCUCCAUCUGGAAAGCCUACAAAUAUACCCACAACAAAUAUCGUGACGACAAACGGUGACAAUUCUGAAGAUGAAGAAGUGGAGUGGAGUGAGUCUGACCAUGAACAGCCAGAAAAACCAUCAGAAGCUAUACUACCACAAUCCGAAGAGCCAGCUGGUGGCCGCAUGCCUGAUCAGCAGACAGUCGUAGAAUCUGACGACGAGGACGACACGUUCGAAGAUGUUGAGAAAGCGCCAUCGCCACCGCCCUUCGCGAGACGUCCUACACCUCCUUCUAUCCAAAAACAGCCUUCUGCAAUCGAUCAAAGCAUGUUCGUUGAUGACGACGAAGCACAGGCAGCCGACCAAGCCUUCAACAACAACGAAGCAGCUCCUGAGACUAGUGAACCUCAACAAGACUUUUUCGAGGAUGACUCAGACGAAGAACUCAUGCGUCAGCUUGCCAACGAGGCAGAAGAGCACUUUCGCUUCAGUAACGAGCUCAACAAUACCAGGCCAAAAUCUCCAACCCAGGCUAUGCGAGAUUAUGAAAACGAACUCAAACAACUCCGGAACCAACAGAAGAAAGAUCGUCGAGAUGCAGAUGAGGUUACGCAAACCAUGAUACAGGAGUGUCAAGCUCUUCUACGACUAUUUGGCUUGCCGUACAUCACUGCGCCAAUGGAAGCGGAGGCUCAGUGUGCAAAAUUGGUACACCUAGGCCUGGUAGAUGGAAUUGUGACUGACGAUUCGGAUAUCUUUCUGUUUGGUGGGACAAGAAUAUACAAGAAUAUGUUCAAUGCGCAGAAGUUUGUCGAAUGUUAUCUCUCCGGCGAUCUAGAAAAGGAAUAUGCUCUCGAUAGAAGGAAGCUGAUCCGAUUCGCACAUCUUCUCGGAAGCGAUUAUACAGAAGGCAUACCUGGCAUAGGUCCUGUUACUGCACUUGAAAUCAUAUCCGACUUUCCAGAUCUAGUCGACUUUAAGGAAUGGACAUUAAAGGUGCAACUCGGCCUCCAAACACCGAGCGUAAUGGAAGGACUCCUCACAACUGCCUUCCGGCGUAAAUUCAAACGUACCGUUCAACGAAAACUAUUCUUACCUACAAACUUCCCAGAUCUCCGAGUCGACCAAGCCUACCUCGAUCCAGAAGUCGAUGCGAACCCCGAAGAGUUCCAAUGGGGCGUACCUGACCUCGAUAAGCUGCGCAAUUUCCUCAUGGCAACCAUCGGCUGGUCACAGGACCGGACCGAUGAGAUCCUAGUCCCUGUGAUCCGUGAUAUGAACAAGCGAGACGUUGAAGGUGUACAGAGCAAUAUUACGAGGUUCUUUGCUGGAGGUGUUGGUGCGGGCACUGUCGUGGGCCGUGGGAUUAAUGGAUCUACUGGUACUGGUACUGGUACUGGAGGAGCAAGCGUGGAAGGAACUGCUCCAAGGAACAGGACUGGAAAGGAGAGUGGACGCAUGAAGAAUGCCUAUACGAGAUUGAGAAGUGAGGCCGAGAAGAAGAAACGCGGCGCAUUGUUAGACGAGCUUCCUGAUGAUGGUGUUGAUGGUGAUAACGAAGGGGAUGUAGAUUUCAAAGUUCAGAACCACGAUGAUCAUGACGAAGAGGAAGGCGAGUCAUCGUCACCUGCUGCUACCGGUAAGAAACAGAAAUCAAAACACAGGGCGGCUGCUGCUAAGCCGAAAAAGCCUGGACGACAAACUGCGAAGACACGGAAGACACGCUCAAAGACUUAG